CGCGGUUGCUCUGCUAAUCCAUACUAGCCCAACUCUCAUUGCGCCGCCGCCCUUCACCGCCGCACCCUCCAAAACCCUAGCCCCCGUCUCCUCCCGCCGGCCGGCCGCGAUGCCGAACCUGGAGUGCCGGAUGUACGAGCCGCGGUUCCCGGAGGUGGACGCGGCGGUGAUGAUCCAGGUGAAGCACAUCGCCGACAUGGGCGCCUACGUCUCCCUCCUCGAGUACAACAACAUCGAGGGCAUGAUCCUCUUCUCGGAGCUCUCCCGCCGCCGCAUCCGCUCCAUCUCCUCCCUCAUCAAGGUGGGCCGCCAGGAGCCCUCCAUGGUGCUCCGCGUCGACCGCGACAAGGGCUACAUCGACCUCUCCAAGCGCCGCGUCUCCGAGGAGGAGGCGCACGCCUGCGAGGACCGAUACAACAAGUCCAAGCUCGUGCACUCCAUCAUGCGCCACGCCGCCGACACCCUCGGCGUCGACCUCGAGCCGCUCUACCAGCGGAUCGGGUGGCCGCUCUACCGCAGGUACGGACACGCCUUCGAGGCCUUCAGGCUCAUCGUCAACGACCCCGACGCCAUCCUCGACGUGCUCACCUAUGAGGAGACCGAGACCGGCCCCGAUGGCCAGGAGGUGACUAGGGUCGUGCCGGCCGUCACUCCAGAGGUUAAGGAUGCCUUGGUUAAGAACAUAAGGAGGAGAAUGACACCACAACCACUCAAGAUCCGUGCUGAUGUUGAGAUGAAAUGCUACCAGUUUGAUGGUGUUCUACACAUCAAGGAAGCCAUGAGGGCAGCUGAAGCUACUGGAAAUGAUGAUUGCCCUGUGAAGAUUAAGCUAGUUGCUCCACCACUUUACGUUUUGACCACACAAACACUUGACAAGGAUCAAGGGAUCAGAGUUUUAACAAAAGCACUCAAAGUUUGUGCGGACACGAUUGACAAGCACAAGGGGAAAUUGGUGGUGAAGGAAGCAGCUAGAGCUGUGAGCGAGAAAGAGGAUAAGCUGUUCACAGAUACGAUAGAAAAGCUGAAACUAGCAGGCGAGGAGGUUGAUGGUGACGAGGACAGCGGAGAGGAGGACGAAGACACGGGCAUGGGCGAAGUAGAUUUCACAAAAGCUGGUGCGGGCACGGAGUGAUGCUCCUCCAACACUGUUGGAGUUGGAUGAAUUACCUGUACAGCAGCGCCAGCAUUCAAGGGAAGGAAGGAAGGAUGCUUGGUUGCUACUGCUUGCAUUGCUUGAGGAGGCAUGAAUGACUCUGUUAGAUCUUAUUAGAUGGUGGUUAUUGGUUCGGUUUGUAAGCUAGUACCUGGUAGUCUUACAUGUUGAUUUGCUUUUCUUGGCACGCUAAUGCUGUCACCUGCACUCUCGCUACCUGUUUGCAUCAAUAUAUUUUAUACGUGGAAUUUUCCUCGUGGUUGCUUACGAGCUGUUUC